UAGAGAGAUGCUCGUAGAGGGAAUGGAAGUAGAGGAGGCGGAUAAUCAGGCGCACGCGCGUUUCACACGUCAACGCCUCGAAAAGCUGGGAGGCGUGCCUCUAUUUUUGCAUCCCACCCCCUAUAUAAGCGGGGAAGCGACCACCCGCCAACCCAUUCGUUCCUGAACAGAAACGAACCAUCAUCAUGCCUGAGCCAGCGAAAUCAGCGCCCAAGAAGGGCUCCAAGAAAGCCGUCUCCAAGACUGCCGCGAAGGGAGGCAAGAAGCGCAGAAAGUCAAGGAAGGAGAGCUAUGCCAUCUACGUGUACAAAGUGUUGAAACAGGUCCACCCCGAUACCGGCAUCUCGUCCAAGGCCAUGGGAAUCAUGAAUUCCUUUGUCAACGACAUUUUCGAGCGUAUCGCCGGAGAGUCUUCCCGCUUGGCGCACUACAACAAGCGUUCAACCAUCACAUCCAGGGAGAUUCAGACCGCCGUCCGCCUCCUGCUUCCCGGGGAGCUCGCUAAGCACGCCGUGUCCGAGGGCACUAAGGCUGUGACGAAGUACACCAGCUCCAAGUAAACGGGUGCCAUAUGACUUCCCUGUAAUACCCCAAAGGCUCUUUUAAGAGCCACCCACAUUACCUUUUAAAUGUGCCAAUUUCCAUUUGGGCCUGUCACUGUGAAGAUUCUGACCCUAUAUAGGGUUUAACAUUGACUGAAAACAUAACUGUGGUGUCUUGCAACCCAUUAGCCUACUCAAUUAAGAAUUCCCAGAUUUGAGUAGUGGGAGGCAAGUGUAGCUGCAAUGUGACCUGAAUAGUAUGGUAAUACUGUCCCACCUGACUAUUUCUGAGGGAGUACUGUAGCCUACUCUGAUGAAUUCAGCACAGAUGAUAUUCACCCAACAUUGUAUUCAUAGCCUGCCCAUGUCUAUAUUGAAGAUGUUUUGAGUCAGUCUAAUUCAAGACUUUUUUUGUUUCUGGUUGUAUUUAGACAGUUGAAUGGUUGCCCCAUUAUGUGCAAUUAAGUCCUGAACGUAGCUUCAAAAAAUGGAUGUGAAUGCUUUAUGUGGUCAUUCCACGAAGAGGAACUUUUUGUUUUCAUAUUGUAAAUAAAGGACAUGUUGAACUGAAAGAACAAGUGAUGUCUUUUGAAAUAUGUUUUGUCAGUGUAUGUUGUAAGAAAUGCUGAAGUAUAUUAUUGCAUGACCAUUUCUGACCACCUGGGAACUGGUAGGUCAUUUUCACUCUCAUUCUGAUGUGUUCUGUGACACAGUAACUUUGCCACUUAAGAUGUCUGUCUGUGUAUAGAUGUGGUCAAAUGUGUUGUUACCUGUUAUAGCUUUGAAAUAAUGCUUCGUUUCUCCUGAAAGUGAUGACAUUCAAAGCUAUUGCAUCAUCAAUUCGUACAUGCCUUUGGUAUGUCAAAGCAAAGAAGAGAUGAAUAAUUGCUCAGUCUAACUAAGAUAAUAAAUUGGCCUGGACAGAAUUUCUUGAUACCCCUUAGAAAUUAUAAUAAUUAUAUGGAUAAAAGUGAUUUUACAAAACAAUUACCUCCUUUAAUUUG